UAAAAAUUAACGAAAACAUGACACUUAAAAUGACAGGUGAAGUGUCAUCUCCACGUUAUGUCAAAAUGUAACAAAAAUUUUAAAUUUUCUAACUAUUCAAGUUAAAAAUAUUCCAUUUCUUUCUCAUAAAACAUCCAAAAAUAACUUGGCAACAACAAACGAUUAUUUAUCAUAUCACCAAGUUUCAAGUACAGAAAUAAAACUUAUCGUUUGCAAUUAUAACCUCACUUUCGCAUUGAUUGUUUAUAUGCAAGACCUUAAGGAAGAGAAAACCAUGAAAUCUGUCGAAGUAAAGAAAAACAUUCAAUAUAGAAUAGUAAAAUAUGCAAUACUAAGUAGAGUGCUUGUAAUACUUUUACAAUACAUGGCAAAUUUAUUAAUAACUGACCAUGAUGCAAACGUUUUCGUAUCACCAAGCGAAGAAACAUUCACUACAAUCGAUAGGGUGAUUCACCACCUUUUUGGAGGAUUUGCAAGAUGGGAUGCUCAAUAUUUUUUACACAUCGCCAAGUAUGGAUAUACUUUCGAGAACACCACAGCUUUUUUCCCAUUGUAUCCUUUAAUACUACGUUAUAUUUCUAUAAGUUUAUUAUAUGUGUAUAACUUUAUGAAUUUAUCCUCUAUGUUAUUGUUAACAUCUGUUGUAUUUAACACAAUUAUUUUUGUAAAGACUGCAUUAAUACUGUUUGAGAUAACCGCAUUUUUCGAGAACCCCAAAAUAGUUUACACUGCCAUUAUGGUGUUUUGCUUUAACCCGGCAUCUAUUUUCUUUUCCGCUCCGUAUUCAGAAUGUUUAUACGCUUAUUUAACUUUUAAAUCGAUACAAUGUUGUUUGAGAUACGUUCGAAUGUACUCUAGGAUACGUUUCACCUAUGUUAAUUCGUCAAGUUUAAAAUGUAUUUUUUAUAUUUCUCUUUCCGCUUGUGCCAGAUCAAAUGGUGUUUUAAACUUAGGUUUUUUUCUUUAUUCUUACGCGUUUCUUGUUGUGCAAAAUUUAUUUAGACUUAAAAAUACUAAAUUCGCUAAGUAUAUUUUUGUGAUUAUAUCAUUGCUGUUUUUGAUGUUUUAUAUUUCAGCGAUGAUCUUGCCAUUUGCUUUAAUACAAGUGUUUGAUUUUAUAAAUUAUUGUAGGACUUUCGAGAGUAAUGUCCCAGAUUUUUUGAAAGAUUUUGCAAAACAAAAUGAUUUCGUGUUACCGGGAACUUUCUCAAUUCACCAACAAUCAUGGUGUAACAAUAACAUUCCUUUGGCUUACGCUUACGUUCAAAAACAUUAUUGGAAUGUAGGGUUUUUAAAAUAUUUCCAAUUUAAUCAGAUCCCAAACUUUUUACUUGCCACGCCCGUUGUUUACAUAACGAUUAGAAACUCUUUAAAAUAUUUCAAAUUAAACAACCCGUUUUUGAUGCAUUUAGGAUUAUUUCGCGAUUUAAAUCAGAUCAAAUUAAUCGAUAUGGAGAUUAAGCCAAGUCUUAAAUUCGCUUGUGUUGUACACGUUUUGUUGUUAACGCUGUUUUGCGUCUUUUGUACUCACGUACAAGUAACAACGAGAAUUAUAUUUUCUGCUUCACCUUGUAUAUAUUGGUUUUGCGCUUCUUAUUAUGAUCAUAUUCGAUCAAAAAAUUUGAUUUUUCUUUAUUGUAUGUUCUAUUUUGUAACUGGUACAAUUAUGUUUUCUAAUUUUUUACCUUGGACAUAAUAAAUAAAAUAUUACAAACACUAAA